AUGUCCAACGUCUUUUUCGAAAUCAGUAUCAAUGGCGAGCCCGCCGGCCGCAUCGUCUUCAGGCUACGUGACGACGUCGUACCCAAGACCGCUCGCAACUUCCGUGAGCUUGCCACCGGUCAGAACGGAUUCGGCUACGAGGGCUCCGGCUUCCACCGUAUCAUCCCUCAAUUCAUGUUGCAGGGUGGCGAUUUCACCCGCCACAAUGGCACUGGUGGCAAGUCCAUCUACGGCGAGAAGUUCGAGGAUGAGAACUUCACCCUCAAGCACGACCGCGCCGGUCUCCUCUCAAUGGCGAACGCUGGCCGCAACACCAACGGCUCGCAGUUCUUUGUCACUACUGUCGCCACCAGCUGGCUCGACAACAACCACGUCGUUUUUGGUGAGGUCAUUCAAGGCAUGGACCUCGUCGAGAAAAUUGAGACUUUCGGCUCCGCUUCUGGCAAGCCUACCCAGCCAAUCAAGAUCACCAAGUCCGGUGUUGUGUAA